AUGUAUUCCAGCGAGAAGGCGCUGAAACGUCACGUCCAGUUCUAUUGCGACGCUCCGCGGAGAUUUUCGUGCGUGCAUUGCCAGAAACGCUACAGACAUCGCGAGAGCUUGGCGAGACACCAGAAACACGUUUUAGACCAGUUCAUGAUGAGGGACAACUACUAUCUGUGUCCGCAGUGUCCGAAGUUCUACCUGAGGAAGAACACCAUCAAACGGCAUCUGCGUUACGAGUGCGGCAAGCAGCCGCAAUUCAGGUUUUCAGGUGGAGUCCGUUGCCCGAAAUGCGACCGCACUUACAAAUGGCACAAAACGAUGAAGCGACAUUUAACGUACGAGUGCGGAAUCUUACCGAAAUUCGUUUGCAAAUUCUGCUCGAAGGCUUUCUACCAGAAGUACGCGCUGAAGACGCACCUGAGGGGCUUCCACAAAGUCUCCAAUUCGUCCAUACUUUAA